AUGAAGAGGAAACAGAAACGAUUUCUGCAAAUGACUUUAUUGUUUAUGGUUGCUUUAAUUUUCCUGCCCAAUAUUGGUCUCUGGUCUCUGUAUAAGGAUAAGCAUCUGAUGAAAUCCACGGAACCUGGAGAGCAGCAGACAUUUCCACUGGGCCUAGGAGAUGGGCAGCUCUAUACCUGGACAGAUGGUCUGAAAAGAAAGGAUUGGCAUGAUUAUGGAAGCAUUCACAAGGAUGCUCUGCGUUCAGGCAAGGGUGAACAUGGGAAACCUUAUCCUCUCACUGAAGAAGACCGUGAUGAUUCAGCUUACAGGGAGAAUGGAUUCAAUAUUUUUGUGAGCAACAACAUUGCUUUGGAGAGGUCACUGCCAGAUAUUCGCCAUGCCAACUGUAAACACAAGAUGUACCUGGAGAAGCUGCCAAAUACUAGCAUCAUUAUUCCUUUUCAUAAUGAAGGUUGGACUUCUCUUCUGCGCACUAUACACAGUAUAAUUAACAGGACUCCAGACAGUCUGAUUGCUGAAAUCAUUCUAGUGGACGACUUCAGCGAUAGAGAGCACCUGAAAGAUAAAUUAGAAGAAUACAUGGCCCGGUUUUCCAAAGUGAGAAUUGUUCGAACCAAGAAACGAGAAGGACUCAUACGAACCCGACUGUUGGGUGCAUCUAUGGCAAAAGGAGAAGUCUUAACCUUCCUGGAUUCUCACUGUGAGGUCAAUGUGAACUGGCUGCCUCCUUUGCUCAACCAAAUUGCCCUCAAUCGCAAAACCAUUGUGUGUCCCAUGAUUGAUGUCAUUGACCACAAUCACUUUGGGUAUGAAGCCCAGGCGGGGGAUGCCAUGAGAGGAGCCUUCGACUGGGAAAUGUACUACAAAAGAAUCCCCAUCCCUCCGGAGCUCCAGAGGGCAGAUCCCAGCGACCCUUUUGAGUCUCCUGUGAUGGCUGGAGGGCUCUUUGCUGUGGACCGAAGGUGGUUUUGGGAAUUGGGUGGCUAUGAUCCAGGCUUAGAAAUCUGGGGAGGAGAACAGUAUGAAAUAUCUUUCAAGGUUUGGAUGUGUGGAGGAGGAAUGUUUGACGUUCCAUGUUCUAGAGUUGGUCAUAUCUACAGGAAGUACGUCCCUUAUAAAGUUCCAUCUGGGACCAGCUUGGCAAGAAACCUAAAGCGAGUGGCAGAGACCUGGAUGGAUGAAUUUGCCGAGUACAUUUACCAGCGGCGACCUGAGUACAGACACCUUUCCACAGGCGACAUCUCUGCCCAGAAGGAACUCCGGAAGCAUCUCAAGUGCAAGGACUUCAAGUGGUUCAUGGCAGCCGUCGCCUGGGAUGUCCCCAAGUACUACCCCCCAGUGGAGCCCCCACCAGCUGCCUGGGGGGAGAUUCGAAAUGUGGCUGCCAAUCUCUGUGUAGACAGCAAGCAUGGUGCCACGGGGACUGAACUGAGGCUGGACAUCUGUGUAAAGGACGGCUCUGAAAGGACAUGGUCCCAUGAACAGCUCUUCACCUUUGGCUGGCGGGAAGACGUGCGACCUGGAGAACCACUCCACACCCGAAAGUUUUGUUUUGAUGCCAUUUCCCACAGUAGCCCUGUCACCCUCUAUGACUGUCAUGGCAUGAAGGGCAACCAGCACUGGGGCUAUCGGAAGGACAAAACUUUAUUCCAUCCAGUGAGCAACAGCUGCAUUGAUUGCAACCCAUCAGAGAAGAAGAUUUUCAUGAACAGAUGUGACCCUCUCUCGGAGACUCAGCAGUGGAUUUUUGAACACAUUAACAUGACUAUUUUAGAAAAAGUGAACAGCAACUUCAGCUCCUAG